AUGGAGCCUCUGUUCCCGGCCCCCACACUAGCCAGCUGGAACACCUCCUCUGCGGCCGCCAGCACAGGCAGUGAGAACGGGACGCUGGCGGGGCUGGCGCCCUCGCCGGGCGCCCGAGCGGUGGUGGUGCCCGUGCUGUACCUGCUGGUGUGUGCGGUGGGGCUGGGCGGCAAUGCCCUGGUCAUCUAUGUGGUGCUGCGCCACGCCAAGAUGAAGACGGUCACCAACAUCUACAUCCUCAACCUGGCUGUGGCCGACGUGCUGCUCAUGCUGGGGCUGCCCUUCCUGGCCACGCAGAACGCCAUCUCCUACUGGCCCUUCGGCCCUGUCCUGUGCCGCCUGGUCAUGACGCUGGACGGCAUCAACCAGUUCACCAGCAUUUUCUGCCUGACCGUCAUGAGUGUGGACCGCUACCUGGCCGUGGUGCACCCCAUCCGCUCCACCCACUGGCGCCGCCCCAGGGUGGCCAAGCUGGCCAGCGCCGCGGUCUGGGCCUUCUCACUGCUCAUGUCCCUGCCGCUGGUGGUCUUUGCAGACAUCCAGGAGGGCUGGAACACCUGCAACCUCAGCUGGCCGGAGCCCGUGGGCCUGUGGGGCGCCGUGUUCAUCAUCUACACGUCUGUGCUGGGCUUCUUUGGGCCGCUGCUGGUCAUCUGCCUGUGCUACCUGCUCAUCGUGGUCAAGGUGAAGGCAUCGGGCGUGCGGGUGGGCGCCACGCGGCGGCGCUCGGAGCGCAAGGUGACCCGCAUGGUAGUCGUGGUGGUGGUGGUGUUCGUGGGCUGCUGGCUGCCCUUCUUCAUCGUCAACAUCGUCAAUCUGGCCUUUGUCUUGCCUGAGGAGCCGGCAUCCGCUGGUGCCUACUUCUUCGUGGUCAUCUUGUCCUACGCCAACAGCUGUGCCAACCCCGUGCUCUAUGGCUUUCUCUCCGACAACUUCCGCCAGAGCUUCCGGAAGGUUCUGUGCCUCCGCAAGGGCUACGGUGCCGAGGACGCAGAUGCCACGGAGCCACAGCCCGACAAGACCAGCCAGCCACAGGAGGCCACGCUGCCCAUACGCGGCCCCGAGGCCAACGGGCUCAUGCAGACCAGCCGGCUGUGAGGGCUGUGGGCGGGGGGCUUCUGGUGGCGUCUGGAUUCCCUGCCGGGCGGAGCCUCCCCCAACAUUCCAGUGCCUGCUGAGGUGCCCCCUGCAGUGGCCGGGAUGCUCCGCACGGUGUGAGGACCGGCGGUCCUGGGCAAGGCCGUGGGUGGUCCUG